AUGGUUUAUGGGCUGACGGACGCAUUGAAAAACCUCAACACUUAUUGCCAGGAAAAAACGACUCGACUCCGCGAUUCGCUCUCACCGGCUCGUUAGUUGUUGUUUCUCGCUUGAGAAUAUGAAACUAUUUGGUCUUGAGGCCAACCGACCACCUCCAAUCAAUCUUCGCCGACAACUGUUCCGUCGCCACCAACCAUGGAUAAAACGCCAUCCAUCGAGGAUCCGAUGCCCGACGGGAAUACGGGUUUCCUUUCUUUUUUUUUGCACUGUCGCGCCACCAAUGUUGCAAUUUUUGAUGGAGGAUGUCCGGUUCAACUUGGAUUUGUGGUCCCAGUUUAGCCGAGAAUAGGAAUAGGGUUCUUACAACUCAUAAGUGAACAGAAAAACUCCAAAAAACCUUGAAAAGGCGAAUAAAAGUUUCUUGGACGGCCAUCCUAGUCUUCGCCUUUAUAGAUCUUUCAAUUAUAUUAACUUCGGAACAUUUGUGGUGUGUUCAGAGCAAUUUCGGCGUUUUUAAAAACGACGCGUUAUUCAUUCAAAAUGACUUUCGCGAAAUAGGCGAAAUAGGAGUUACGGGAUCUGUUAAAAAAAACGUCCUACGACGAUAUAUCGCGAAAUACGAAUUUUACGGUGACUUUUGAAAUUUAGUUUAGCACUUUUAACUCAAAUAUGAAGCUUGUGCAUAAAAGUUCUUUUUUUUGGGAGAAUAUACAACGGAGUUUUUCCAGGAAUGAGCCGCACGCAAUUCCGUCGCUACGGUAAAGAAACGGUGGAUUACAUUGCCGAUUAUCUUGAAACGAUUCACAAACGUCGAGUUGUACCGGCCAUCGAGCCGGGAUAUCUGAAGGUAGGCCCAAUUUUCUCGUCUUUUGGUUCCUCUAAUUGUUAAAAGAAAGCGAUUAUUUACAUUCCCACAUUUAUUCAGUUUUCAGAGGGAAUUCCCUGCUGAAUCAUGGGAUAAUUGAACAUUUUUUUUCGGUUCUCAAAACUGGCGUUGAUCAAGAACUUCUGAUAGUAGUAGACUAGUAAGGGGCGUGGCCUUCCUGCGCUCUCCACACAGGCACUACCUCUUAUCGCGUCAAGACCCUUUAACGAUGGCUCAAGCUAACCGUGAAUCAGCUAGAGCCACCGGGUUAAAAAAAAGGAAUCAGCUGGUGCCAUCGAGGAUAGUAUUUACUCAUAAUUGGAAAAUUGUAGUGGUAAUUUUAGGGUUUUGACGUUUAGUCGCCACUAUAGUAGUCGAAUUUGUGGCCAUUCAGGUGGCUUAUUUUUGUGGCCUCUUUAGAAGUCGAAGCGGUAUAGCUAUUUCAUCAAAGAGAUCUAUAGUAGUCACUAAAACGCAGAAUAUAGGCUCCUUAAUAGGUGGUUUUAGUGCCCACUUUAGUGUCCUCUCCAAGUAGUCCCAGAGGAACACCUUAAGAGGCCAGUACAGUUUUUCCCAGUCGUCCAGAUAAGAAAAAAAACUUUUUAUUACUAGCUUUUAUACCAAUUUAUUAACAUUUGUUCAUUUUCCAUCUAAAAAUAAAUUCGUCAGGACCUGAUCCCUGGCGAGGCGCCCAACCGGCCGGACUCGUUCGAGUCCGUGAUGGACGAUUUCGAGAAGUUGAUCAUGCCCGGUGUGACGCACUGGCAGCACCCGCGGUUCCACGCCUACUUUCCCGCGGGAAACUCGUUUCCUUCCAUCUUGGCUGAUAUGCUCAGCGACGCGCUCGGCUGCGUUGGGUUUCAGCUGGGUGAGCAACCGCAAAAAAAUAUCAUUUUUUUAAUUUAAAAAAAUCGUAGUUUUUUUAUGUGGGUUUGAGGUUCAAAAAUCUUUUAAAAUUGGUAAUUCCCGAAGCUUUUCUUUUCGAUAUUCAAGGCUGAUUUACGGACAGGAGACGUCUUUCAAUAGGAAGUUAUAAGUUUGAAACGGAAUUGAUCUCCGUUGUGAUUACUCGAAGGAAGUUGGACAUUUCUAGGCGGCAUGUCCCGCAAUGACGGAGCUGGAGUUGAUCAUGCUCGACUGGUUCGGCAAGAUGAUCGGCCUUCCCAAGGAGUUUCUGCCCCUGACCGAAGGCGGCAAGGGUGGCGGGGUUAUUCAGGUUCCCACCAGCUUGACUUGCAACAAUUUUGAAUAAUUUCGCAACACAGUCGUCUGCUUCGGAAUGCAAUUUCGUGUCGUUGUUGGCGGCCCGUUUCGAAGUGAUGAAAGAGCUCCGACAGCGGUUUCCAUUCGUCGAGGAGGGACUUUUGCUCUCCAAGCUGAUUGCCUACUGCUCCAAGGAGGUAAAGGAAAAAGGAGUGACAAAGUUCAGGAAUUUUGUAUUCAAUCUUAUAAAAAUACAUUUUGCGCCACUUUAGUGCUCACUUGGUGAAGCGCCAGUUAAUCUGAGUAACCUUAAGUUUUUUUUCCGACACUCGGACCCCUUUACUAAUCACUUGAGGAUUGUUAGCGCCUCUUUGGAGUUCACUUGGAAAAACGCCAGAUUUUGUCAGAAAAAAACCAUUUUUUUUUUCAAGAUUCACGCUUUAUUAAUGCUCAAUUAAAAUGACUAGAACGAAUUUUAUUUAUUUGACUAUAUUUAAAAAUUGAAUACAUUCCUUCUGUUCGAUUUUCCAUGUCUAAAAAAUAGUUUCCUUUCUAGGCCCACUCGUCGGUCGAGAAAGCUUGCAUGAUUGGAAUGGUUAAGCUUCGAAUCCUGGAAACUGACUCAAAAUACAGAUUGAGAGGCGAGACGUUACGAAACGCUAUUCAGGUGCUUUCAGAGAAUUUCAAAAGAUCAAAUUCGAAAAAGUUAAGGAAGACCGCAACUUAGGUCUGAUACCGUUUUACGUCUCGACGACCCUCGGCACGACAUCAUGCUGCUCUUUCGACGUUCUCAGUGAGAUCGGCCCCGUUUGCGAGGAGAACGAGUUCGUUUUUAUCAUUGGGAUUGUACUGAACGUUUUUUUGUGUAUGGAAUACGAUUUUUUUGACUUGGAAUUUUGCUGAUAACGAGCGUAUCAUAAUUUUUCCAGAAAAUAAUUUUCUUGAAUUUUUCAAAAAUGGUUGAUUAACGUCGCUUAAAUAAAAAUGAUAAUUCUAUUUUUUUCUUUUCUAAUGUAUCAAUUAGGUAUAGUGAAUCGAAGAAAUAUGUAUCAACUAAGCCUCCGAAAAUAUGUCAUUUUCACUCAUUUAAUGCUGUCCGAAAGUCCUAUUUUUUCUUUCGAAAAACGGAUGUGUGAUUUUUAAUAUUUUUCAUGACUUUUUUUCCUGAAAUUUUUUUCUUUUUAUUCAAAGAUUUUUCAGACUUUGGCUACACGUCGACGCGGCCUACUCUGGAUCGGCCAUGAUUUGUCCCGAAUUCCGGUACCUUCUCAACGGCAUCGAGUACGCCAUGUCGUUCAACACCAACCCCAACAAGUGGAUGCUCAUCAACUUCGACUGCAGCACCAUGUGGUUUAAAAAUGAUAGUUCUUCGGGAAGAUUUAUCAUUUUUCAAGGGUCCGCGAUCGUUUCAAACUGACACAGGCUCUGGUUGUGGAUCCGCUGUACUUACAACACAGCUGGAUGGGUUGGUUUAUAAGUUGAUAAUUGAACUCUGGAAAAUCACAUUCUCAAAAGUUUGAAACUGGCUAAUUUAAAUGCAAACUGGUUUCUCAAGUUUUCGAGGGGAAAAGGUAUACCUGAUUCACGGCUAGAUUGGAAGUGUGGCCUGCCUGCGCUCUCCACCAAACAAGCGCUAUCUCUCUUUUCUUCGUCUUAGGGACCUUUUUUUCGAUAGCUCAAGCCAGAAUUAGCCGUAAUGAAAUAGGCAAAAGCUUUAUUUUCGAGCGAUAUUCCUUCUUUUUUUUCAGUUUUCUUGUAAAUUUGAAACAUUAGAAAGAGUUUGAAAUUUGGUUUUUGUUGCGUUGUGUUUUUCUAAACUGCGUGUUUUGCUCUGAAUCUCAUAUUUUCUCAAAACAAUAAAGGAAUUUGUUUGUGUACCAUUUUCCUAAUCUUCUCGCUACCUUCCCAGUAAACGAUUAAUGGCCCUUUUCCAAUCUUAAAAUAGGAGAAAAAAAAAGUCAUUUCCAGUUCGGACUGGAACUGUAUUCUAGUAUUCUCUUUUGAGUUUCGACUUAUUACGACUUUAGUUUGGUUUUUUUUUGUUAGUGAUCUGACGUAGCGUUUUAGUAUUUAUUUUCCAUUUAUUCUUAUUAUAAUGAACUUCUUUUUCGAAAAUAGAUGGAGAAUUUUCACUUCUUUAAAUGUUUACUUAAUUUAAAAACUUGCCAAUUUUCAAGACAAAUCCAUCGAUUACCGCCAUUGGGGCAUUCCAUUGAGCCGUCGUUUCCGCUCUUUAAAAUUGUGGUUCGUGAUCCGAAUGUACGGCGUCGAAGGCCUUCAAAAAUAUAUUCGAGAGGUUUUUUGGCUCUGAAAGAGACAAUUCAAAAAUAAUAAUAGCAUGUUCGAUUGGCCAAACGAAUGGAAUCUCUUCUUCGCGCUGAUUCAAACUUCGAAAUUGUCAAUGACGUCGUCAUGGGCCUCGUUUGCUUCAGAAUGAGGGUCAUUUUUCAGGAUUCUGACAUUAAUUAUUUCAAAUAAUUUUAGGAGUCGGAUGAGAUGAACCAGAAACUACUGAUGCGCCUGAAUUCGUCGGGUCGCAUCCAUAUGGUUCGAAAAUUUAGCCAAUUUUCCGAAGAAAAUUUUUUAUAGUUCAAAUGCCGCUAUAAGGUGGGAAAAUUAAAUAGUUUGAGACAUAAAUGAUAUUUGAAGAACUGAUUUUAUGGUUUUUUGAUCAGAAUUUUGAGAAGUUCAAGGUUUUAAUCAUUUUUUUUUGUUUUGUGACUUGCUCAAGCUUGUAGUCUGUUCAGAUUUUGAAUGUCAAGGAGAAUAACGUCAUUCGAAAACGCUCUGUGGAUGGCUCGCUCUCUGAUUGGUUUAUCGCGCCAUUAGGGGGCGGAGCUUCAGCGAGGACUUGACAUUUGAAAUCUGAACAGACUAUAUUUUUGAAGGAAACUUUUGUAAUUUAUCUUUCUAAAAAAGGUUUGUUGAAUUGUUUAACAGUUGUAUAUUCAGUGUUCAAAGUAGCUUUUGCGAAAUUAAAAACUAUCUCUGACUUUAAAAUUUAGUUCCUUUUUCAAUCUCUGACGACUAUUUCGAAACUCUCGAAAUAACUUUUAACACGGCAUUAAUCUUCCAUGAGCUCAAAGAUGGCUGAAAAUGGCUUUUUGCACGUCUGUUUUAUUUAAAUUAGUCCAUUUAAGCCUACGUUUAAUUCAAAAAUGUUAUUAUUUUCGAGACUCUUUUCUAGGGAAAAAAAGUAUCCUUUUAGGUUCCCGCUUCACUGAGCGAGCGUUUCGUGAUCCGUUUCUGCGUGUGCGCGGAAAACGCCUGCGACAAGGACAUUGACACGGCCUACGAGAUCAUUUGUCAGUCGGCCCAGCAAAUUCUGCGUUCGUUUCGGAGAAUCUUCGGCAAAAAAAGACGACGUUGAACAGGUGAGAACGCGAAGGAGGCGAUCGUUGAGGAGGAGGAGGAGGACGAGGAUCACACGGCCGUCUUCAAGGAAGAGCCACUGUCCACCGGUCGCAGGGUCUAUUUUUCAACUUUUUCCCAGCCCCAAUAGAUUGCGUCCGUCGGAGAAGCUUGUAUAUCAUGGGGAAGGCUCUCCGAUUCAGAAGAUUAAGGAUUAGACUUUUAUCACUAGCUGGAAAAAUAUAAUGAAAGGACUUCCACAAAGUUUUCCGAGUUAUUCUCCCAGUAGAAAUACACUUUUCCGUUGAAAAAAUCUUCUUUCAAUUCAGACCAGCCGAAAAUGACGUAUUGAAAGUGUCUUCAACACACUGUGCCACGUCCAAAAAUAACCAACGUCACUAAACUUUUUUUUUUCUCUCACUGACUUUUGGACUUGAGCUAACAACGAGGCUUCUGAACCUUAACAUCACUUGAAAUUUCACGUUUUCUUCUGACUAUUCUGUAAACUAUACAUGUUGGCGCACACCUUCAACUUCUUUUUAAUGUUAAUUCGUUUUACCACUCGGGUUUGCCAGUCAUGAAAAAUUCACUAUUUGAUAACUCUGACAGAAACUUUUAGGGUUCAUACACGAUGCCAGAACGUCAACUGUCCAAAGAAGAGCUUCUGGCGGCGCGCGGCCAGCAGGAAAGCCUCGCCAAGAAGAGGUUGUCACGGAAAUUGUCGUCUACGGACUCCCUCAGAGGCAGUCCUCUUUUCAAUGUCGUCAGGGGCUGAGAAUGCUUUGUUUCUGUGUUUUGUAUGUUGUUUGAUGUACCUUCUAUCAACUAUCUCAAUUAUGUGUUUAGAGUUUGACAAGAAAGAUCCAAAUAACUAGAACUUGCUGAACUUUUGCCGAAAAAGGUUAUUUUUGUGGGAAUUUUCGAAGUGUUCAAAAUUUAAAUCGCACUUUAUGGAGGUCUUGAUGAAGACCUGCGCAAAAAUCAAAUAUUUCAAACCUUCGCAAAAUAACCGUAUUCUUUUCACGUAUUUUCAUUUUUAUUUUUUUCUAAAAGUAGGUUUUAAAGCUUUUCAUCACUUCUUAGUGAUUUUGGGUCUCUCGAAAAGUUCCGGACUUUGGUUAUUUGAGCCUUUUUUGGCCAAAUUGAAAAGAAUCUAACCAUGUUUCCCUUUUAUCGGAGUUACCACUAAAAUAAUCUUUGUUUUGUAAUUAUCCCUUUGUCUAUUUUGUCAGCACAGCUUUUUAUCCUUGUAGCUUAUUCAAUAUUUCUGUUGUAAGUACAUCUAUUACACUUCUUGUACUAUUUUUCGACACUGUCUGUUAAUAUCUCCAACCUUCUUACUGCACCUUUCCUCACUUCUUUUUGCAUGUGCAACACGCAGAAUAAACUAGUCUUCUAGUGGUUUUCGAGAUAAGGGAAAAUCGCAGAUCGUUCUUGGUCCGUAUGGUGUCGGACCCCAAGUGCUACAACCCGAAGAUUGUCCGCCACCUGAAUCUAGCGAAUCACCGAAAAAUGAGUCAGGACCUGUUCCGCGACCGUACCCUUAUGUGAGUACCUUAUAAGUUUCCAAUGAACCCUUCAAUUUUCAAUUUUUAGGCAAACGAUUUCGCACGGUCAGCGGCCGAACAGACUCUCGCAUUCGCCAGGAUCGGCAGGUAAAUAUAUUCAGAAGCUAUCAACGAAAUAUCGAUUGAAGUCAAUUUUGAAGGAUCGGCGUUCAACUGGGAGGAGGAGGACGACCGCGUUGUCGCCUCGUCUCAGACCGGCGUCCAGACACCGCUUUAA